GUUUGGAGCUGCAGACGCUGGACUUCACUGGUCCACAGCCGCUCACAGAACUUUUCUCCUGUUUCAGGGAUUCAACGGUUGAUCCAUGGGAAGCCUCCCAGGUGUUUCCCUCCUGCUCCUGGUGGUGAGUGCGUCCCUCCUGAGCGUCCACGGCGGAAGGAUCCUGGUGUUCCCGGUGGACGGCAGCCACUGGGUCAACAUGAACCUGCUGAUCCAGAGCCUCCACGCCGGGGGCCACGAGGUCACCGUGGUCCGCACGGCCAGCAGCUGGUACGUGAAAGAAAAUGCUCCGCACUACCGCUCCAUCACCGUCACCUUACCGGAAGCCAUCUCCAUCGAGGAGCAGGACUUCUUCGUCACCUUCCUGACGAAGAUGCUGACGAUUCAGAAAGAAGGCGCUUCUCUUAUUGCCUUUGUCAAGUUCUACUGGGAAAUGCUCGGCGCGCUGUCGGGCAUUCACCAGCAGGCCAGCAUGCUGGGGGUGGAGAUGUUCGAGAACAAGACUCUGAUGCAGAGUAUUCGUGAUGCUCAGUUUGAUGUGGUGCUCAUCGACCCGGGGCUGCCCGUCGGGGUUCUGGUGGCUCAUGAACUUAAGCUGCCGACUGUUUUUAACGUGCGAUGGAUCACCAGCGGAGAGGGACAUUUUGUCGUGGCUCCAUCUCCAACAUCUUACGUCCCGACUUCGGGAUACGCCGCGCCGGAUAAGAUGACCUUUGGGCAGCGGGUCAAGAACACGUUCCAUUACGUCCUCAACAUGUGCAUUGACAAGUUUAUAGUCUGCCCUCACUACGACAGGCUGGUAGACCGGUACUUUGGUCCAGAUGUGAGCUUCUACCACCUUCUACAGGGAGCAGACAUCUGGCUCAUGAGGGUGGACUUUGUCUUUGAGUUCCCCAGGCCCACCAUGCCGAACAUUGCCUACAUCGGCGGUUUCCAGUGUAAGCCCUCUGAGCCUCUAUCGUCAGAGCUGGAGGAGUUCGUUCAGAGUUCAGGGGAGCACGGAGUCAUCCUGAUGUCUCUCGGUACUCUCGUUGAAGGCCUACCUGUCGAAAUCACUUCUGAAAUCGCCGCCGCUUUUGCCCAAAUUCCUCAAAAGGUAAUAUGGAGGCACGCCGGCGAGCCUCCCAACAAUCUAGGCAACAACACGUUGCUGGUGAAGUGGAUGCCCCAGAACGACCUCCUGGGUCACCCCAAGAUUAAAGCCUUCGUGGCUCAUUGUGGCACCAACGGGGUCUACGAGUCCAUCUACCACGGAGUGCCCAUCAUAGCCGUCCCACUUCUGUUCGACCAGUUUGAGAAUGCUUUGAGGUUGGAGGCGCGAGGAGCCGCUAAAGUGGUGGACGUGACCGCGAUCACUCAACAGAACUUUCUGGAGACGAUACAAGAAGUUCUUCGCAAUCCGUCCUACGGGAACAACAUGAAGCGUCUCUCGGCUCUCCAUCGGGAUAAACCGGUGAGUCCUCUGGAGACGGCGAUCUACUGGAUCGAGUUCGUCAUGAGGCAUAAAGGAGCUGCACAUUUACGCACAGAGUCCUAUAAGAUGCCCUGGUAUGCUUAUUAUUCUGUGGAUGUUUUAAGCUUUUUGACAUUAGUCCUGUUGGUGCUGACAGCCAUCGUUGUCAAAUCAAUCCGAUUUGUUUGUGUUCGACUGUGCAGGAGGAGAAAAAUCAAGAAGGAGUAGUUCCUGUCUCCUCAAAUCUGAUUAAUGCACAUUUAAAAUGAACAUGUAGAAGGAAGAGAUAUUCUAUACUGUAAGCCAUAUACUUGCCAUUGUUCUUGUGAGGGCAAUAAAUGUGUCGUGAGGUUCGUCCACUACUGAUGAAUAAGUUGCCAGAAAAUCAUGUUUCUCAGAGAAUAUAUCCUGCAGAUUCUUGGUUAACGCUUAAAUAUCUCAUUAGCUUUUUAACGGAUUGCCAAUAGAUUUGAAACAGAUAUUGGUGAUGGCCAGAAGACAAUAUUCCUGAUAGUUUUGGUGAUCCUCUGACUUCCACUCGAGCGCUGUCAGCAGGUCAGAGUGUUCAUCUCUCUGGUGAAAUAUCUCAACAGCUAAAAGAUCAAUUGGCACCAAAUUUUGCACAAACAUUUGUGGUUCCACCGAAUGAAUCCUGAUGACUUUUCUGAGCAAUUUUUCCAUUUCAUGCCACCAUGAGGUUGACAUUUGUGAUUUUGGGUCAAAUGUCUUGACCAGUAUUGGUUGGAAAGCCAUAACGAUUGGUUUGUUUCCCUCAGGAUGAACUGUAAAAACAUUUAUAACUUCAAAUAGCUUGAAUAGUAUCAUAGUUAUCUGCAAAACCAACAACAUUCCCAUCAGCUGCAUGAUGUGUUUACAAGUAACUGUACACCUUUCACAACAGUGUUAAAGUAUUUCUGUAGAAGUUCUCAAAGGCAUGGCAGAAGUUAAACUCUUUUCAAAAUAAAAGCCAUGUAGUCUUUCUGUGGACAGAAUCCCUUCACUAGCAUAAAGCUUUUAUUCUAAAAUGUUUACAGGACCAUGCAGUGAAUUACACGGCUCUAGUGUACUGUCUUCUAUUUGUGGAAAUAUGAAGGAAGAAAUUGAAUUAUGUAUUUUAUUAUGGAUAUCAUUACAGAUAAACUCAGGCAGCACAGCAGCAGAGUGCGGUCAGUUUGGACGGCACUCGGGUGCGAGCUGCACAUCACUUUUUUUUCUUUUAGUGCUGCAAGUAAACGUUUACUAUGGACAAACAAACAAACAAGAGUGACAGAGAGAAAGUGAGAUCCAAAAACAAACCUGCAUUAGGAAUCUGAAUAAUUAAUCGAUGACUGAUUAA